AUGAUAGCCCCCACUUCGUAUAAACUGCCUGCACUUUUCUACCAAGUACUUGCUCUCAUCACCAUGGGCUCCAUCUUCUCCGCAAUCGGCAGCGGCAUCAACGCCAUCAUCUCUGCCAUCGCCAAUGUCAUUAUGACCAUCGUCAGCGUGAUUGUCACCAUCAUCGUCACCAUCAUUGACGUCAUCCUCGACAUCCUAUGCUGCAACUGCUUCGGGGGUCGUACACGUCGUACCGGCACCCACAGCUACAGGUUCGGAGGUGGGACAGGCGUGUAG